CACAGCAAAUCAUAAUAGGGUGUUAUAUAUAGAAAUAAGAUCAGUCAUUGCUUUCAAGCCUGCUAAAUUAAACUGAACUCUUGGAAUGGCAUACCAUUUGACCUUUCGAAGGUUCUCCAGCAGUAUUUAACUGGUGCAAAAGGAACACACUUGCAAUUGUCUACUUUUGACAUGACAGAUCCUCCUGUUAGUUCACAAAAUGUUCAGAAGACAGAAGUCCCUCACUUCAGAACGCAAGAAAGAAUUAUUUUCCCAAGGAGCUACACAGUUCAUACUGAGGAAUGAUAUGAGAAAUUUUCACUUUUUGUCAAGACUUGUACUCUCAGCGGGCCCUCUAAAACCAACUCCAGCAGUCAAACAUUCAAAGAAAAUUCACUUUGAGAUUGAAAUACUUGAUGCUCAAACAAAGAAACAGAUAUGUAUUCUGGAUAAGGUGACACAAUCAUCUACUAUUCAUGAUGUUAAGCAAAAGUUACACAAAGCAUGUCCAAAGUGGUACCCUUCCCGAGUUGGUCUGCAGCUAGAAUGUGGCGGGCCUUUUUUGAAGGACCAUAUUACCAUUCAAAGUAUUGCAGCUUCCUCCAUUGUCACACUGUAUGUUACAGACCUAGGUCAACAAGUCAGUUGGACCACAGUAUUUUUGGCUGAAUACACAGGACCUCUGCUAAUAUAUCUCCUCUUUUAUUUGAGAAUCCCAUGUAUAUACGAUGGAAAAGAGAGCGCUAGAAGACUACGCCACCCAGUGGUACACUUGGCUUGCUUCUGUCAUUGUAUACACUACAUCCGAUACCUUUUGGAAACCUUAUUUGUUCACAAGGUUUCUGCAGGACAAACAACUUUGAAAAAUUUGAUAAUGAUUUGUGCCUUUUACUGGGGAUUUACUUCUUGGAUUGCCUAUUACAUUAAUCAUCCACUAUAUACACCACCAUCAUUUGGAAACAGGCAAAUCACAAUAUCUGCUAUCAAUUUUCUGAUGUGUGAAGCUGGAAAUCAUUUCAUCAAUGUAAUGCUGUCUCAUCCCAAUCACAUAGGAAACAAUGCCUGUUUCCCAAGUCCAAAUUAUAACCCCUUCACAUGGAUGUUUUUCCUGGUUUCAUGUCCUAACUACACCUAUGAGAUUGGAUCAUGGAUUAGUUUCACAGUCAUGACACAAACACUGCCAGGUGGUCUCACUGCCUAAGACAUGAAAAGAAAAAGCCUGACAAACUUACACCAUCUUGUUAUCAAUGUUAAUGCUACAGAUUAGUCCUGCAGCAGCCAUGUACACGUUUUCAGCCUUUAAAACCUAACCUUCAUUUAUAAAUGUUAAGAGUUACUAUACCUAAGUACAUAUACAUAUGAAUAUGUAUAUGAGUGUGUGGGUAAAUGUACACACUUUAGGAACUUUAAUAAUACUUUCCAAAUUAAUAUAUAAGAUUUAGAUAAAUAAUAAGUUUGCAUUGGUGACUAAAAAUGUGCAUUUAUCUUAAUAUAAAACAAAUCUGUGUGAUCUCUUAUACUCAUGUUUUUUUGUCACAUAUCUAGGUAACAAUUUUAGCCUAUGGAGUAUUUUGCAGGAACAGCAUUCCAUACUGCAUAGAUUAGUUGUAGGUAUAUCAAUUAUAUUUACAUGUCAGUGUGCUUGGUGCUUUGUGGGGAAAGUAGAUUUAAAAAAGAGAUUUUAAAUAUAAAGUUGAAAUAAAACAUUAAAAAGUUGAAAUCAAAAAUAAAAUAUGACAAUUAUUUACAGUAGAUGUCAUAAUUUGAUCAUAUUCAUAGAAAAAACAUUAAGGAAAACUAUAAAUGAAGAAAAAAUGUACAUACACACUACAUAGAUUAUCAAUAAAAUUGUUACUAUAGUUACUUGUUGAAGUAAUAUGCUGUCCUAAAUAUGUUUCAUUAUACCUAUUUUCACAGAGUCAACACUCUCAUCCUAUAAACAAAAGAUACAUUAUCAAAUUCUAAAA